AACCACGACUUUGGCAAUAUGCGCUCCAUAAUUUCUAGGCGCCUUCUUUCUUUGCUGCACUAUAACAGACUCUUCAUAAUAAUCAUAUAGAAAAUCUUAUACCCAUUUUCGUAUCUCAAUAGUUUUCCUAACACAAUGGUCAUGGGAAUUUUUAUUUGCUUUCAAGUAAAAGGUUAUCGAGUUCCUCUCCCAUUCAUUUCAUCCAACUCAGUUUCAAAACUUUGGCAUAUUUUACUUGUGCUUAUUAUUACCUCCUUCUUCCUCUUCCUCCACUGUGAAGCCGACGCCAUCAAUGGCAAUUACAAGCAGGUUACGAGCAUUGUUGCAAUCAUUGAUCUUAAUUCAAGAAUAGGGAAAGAAGAGAAGACUGCCAUUGAUGUAGCUGUUCUAAACUUCAACAAUGGCUCAAAUGAUCACAAUAUAUCUGUUUACUACCAUGACCACCAAAGCAAUCCCCUCCACACUGCUCAAGCUGCAGCUGAAAGUUUUAUUAAAGACAAGGGAGGAGUCAAAGCAAUUUUGGGCAUGAUGAAAUGGGAGGAGGCAGCUUUAGUUGCUGAUAUUGGAAGCAAAGCUCAAGUUCCGGUUCUUUCAUUUGCUGCACCUGCCAUAACACCACCUUCAACACCUACCCGUUGGCCUUUCUUGGUCCGGAUGGUUUAUAAUGCUUCUGUACAAAUGAGAUGUAUUGCAGAACUUACUCGCGCUUAUAGUUGGAGACGGGUUGUAGUAGUUUACGAAGAUAAUACUUAUGGUGGUGAUUCUGGGGAGUUGACACUUCUUUCUCAGGCUUUACAGGAAGUUGGUUCAGAGAUAGAGCACCGAUUGGUUCUUCCACCAUUUGCCGUAGUAUCUGAUCCGAAAGAAGCUGUUAAAGAGGAACUAAGAAAGCUCCAAGAAAUCAAAUCUCGGGUUUUUAUUGUUCUUCAAACAUCAUUACCUUUGGUCAUCCAUUUGUUUAGAGAAGCUAAGGAGAUGGGGAUGGUGGGGAAAGACACAGUAUGGAUCCUCAGAGAUACUGUUACUAGUUCCCUGGACUCAGUUAACACCUCUGUCAUUUACUCUAUGGAAGGAGCUCUAGGAAUUAAGAGCUACUAUUCUGACAGUAGCAGUGCCUACAAAAGCUUCCAUGCUCAAUUUCGGCAAAUUUUCAGGUCCGAAUACCCAGAAGAAGACAACUCGGAGCCAGGAUUUUAUGCUCUGAGAGCAUAUGAUAGCAUUUCAACUAUCGUAAAGGCCAUGGAGAGGAUGUCUAGCAACAGUAGUAGUAGUCCAAAGGAAUUCUUGAAUAAUAUAUUAUCAAGCAAUUUCACUGGUCUUAGUGGUCAGAUCAGUUUCAAAGCAGGCGAGUUAAUGCAUACUCCUAAACUGAGGAUUGUAAACGUGGUCGGAAAGAGAUAUAAGGAGAUAGACUUCUGGUUGCCUGGGUAUGGAUUCUCGGAAAGCAAUGAAAAUAAAGAACAUCAAAACGGUGGUGGGGCAAUGCGACUGCAACGUCCAGUGAAUUGGCCUGGAGACUUAAAUCGGAUUCCAAAAGGCUGGGCAAUGCCUUCAAAUACAAGACCCAUGAGAAUUGGCGUUCCAGGGAGAACCUCAUUCCAGAGGUUUGUGAGAGUAGUGAAUGAAAGUGAAAACCUCUAUGAUGGUUUUUGCAUUGAACUUUUCCAUAAAGUGUUACCGCUUUUGGAUUAUGAUCUGCCUUACAUAUUUGAACCCUACAACGGCACUUAUGACGAUCUGGUGAAUCUCGUAUAUAACAAGACUUAUGAUGCCGUCGUCGGUGAUGUAACCAUACUAGCUGACAGGGCAGAUAAAGUGGAAUUCACUCAGCCAUAUGCAGAAUCAGGCUUGUCGAUGAUAGUUCCUCUUAAGUUUGAAGAGUCAGCUUGGAUGUUUAUGAAGCCUUUCACUUGGCAAAUGUGGGUGGUCACUGGUGCAAUCUUGAUCUACACAAUGUUCAUAGUUUGGUUCCUGGAGCACCAAUCUAAUCCUGAAUUUAAAGGUCCAUUGAAGAAUCAGAUUGGCACUGCAGUUUCCUUCACUUUCUCUUCUCUCUUUUUUGCUCACAGAGAGAAAAUUUACGGCAAUCUCACUCGGGUGGUGUUGGUAGUGUGGCUAUUUGUUGUGUUGAUCUUAAACUCGAGCUACACUGCUAGUCUUACUUCAAUGCUUACCAUCCAACGGCUGCGGCCAAAUGUUACUGAUAUUGAUUGGUUAAGAAGAAACAACUUACCAGUUGGCUGUGAUGGAGAUUCAUUUGUGAGGGAUUACCUGAAGAAAGUGUUGAAGUUCAAUAAUGUCAGGAAUGUUACUAGCGAAUACAAUUACGAAAGUGAAUUCCAAAGUAGAGAAAUAUAUGCUGCCUUUCUUGAACUCCCUUAUCAGAAAGUCUUCAUCAGCCAUUACUGCAAGCAAUAUGCUUCAAACACACCCACCUACAGAUUUGGAGGAUUAGGCUUUGCGUUUCAGAAGGGUUCCCCAAUGGCAAGUGACUUUUCCAAAGCUAUAUUGAGGUUGUCGGAAAAUGGAGAGCUGGUAAAAUUGGAAAACAAAUGGUUUGCUCAUUCACAAGAGUGUUCCAGCACUACGACUGAGAAUGAAACUGAAAGCUUGGGCCUAAAAAACUUCUGGGUUCUCUUCGUAAUAUCUGGUGCAACUUCUACCAUUUGUUUCCUGUUAUUUCUGAUUCACUUGGUGAACAAGUACUGGCAUUAUGAAAAGGCAGAGGGAGCUGGCAAUGCAACUCCAAGCGAGAAGAGUAGUGUUUGGAGGAAGACAGUUACUCUUGCUAAGUAUAUCUAUCAAGGAGAAACUGCUAUUCCUGUAAACUCUCCUGCUUUUUCUCCGUCACCUGAUUUCCAUGAAUGGAUCUCUUCUAGGUGGGAAUCUUCCAGUCCCUGUGAUAAUCUGGCGAGUCUUCCAGCCUCCUCCUCUCCACCUGAAAUUGAUGUUAUUAAUUUGUAAAUUCUUCCGGAGAAACUUAAGGCCACCUUAUUAUCACCCGCUGAGAUUAAUUCAGACACAGAAAUUUAAGCAGCUAAGCCAGACGUUUUAAGGAAUCAGUGGACCAUGGAGACUAAUUGCUGUAUCACUAAACCGAAAUUCAUUCUUCAGUUUAUGCACAAAAAUAGAGACUUUAUAUGUCGUUUACAAUAGUUAUUUUCACCUUGAUAUGCCCCCCGAAAAAUAACAUAGUUCUGUA